GGCGGGCCGAGGCCUGGCGUGCCAGAGGGGGGCCGGCUCCCCCGCCACACCGGGGCGCUGGGGGAGCUGUCCCCUCCGCCCGCCGGCAGGGCCCGGGGACGCUGCUCCGCCCCGCGAGCACCCGCCCCGGCCGGUAGCGGCCCCGCCGCCCCGCCCGGCACACCUAGGCCCCGCCCCUGGCGACCUGCCGGUGCGGCGCGGCACAGCGCGGGCCGGGCCCGGGAUCGGCGGCUAAUAACCUACACAGAAAGUGAGACUGAAUAACACGCAUGUAUGCUGGUUACCGGAGGAAAGCCUGAAGGACAUCCUGUUUUGAUUUAGCAGUGUUAUUAUUCUUUGGGGUGAAAUGGGGAAUUUGAUUCUGUUUUGGAAACACUCAUGUUUCUAUUGCAACUGAACUUCAGUAGCUUUUUUUGCAGUACAGAUUUCAACAAAUUAAUUUUCCUUAAAGGUGCAGAACCUGUCACUAGGUCAAAGUCUUACUGAUACAGACACAUUGCACCGAAUGUCUCUAAAAAACCUGGCAGUUGAAGUAGGUGGUACGUCUUUUGAUGAAAGUGACUAUAACCUGAAUGGAAGGACAAUUAACAAAGAAAGUACUAAUCUUGAAGUCAUGCAGCAAAGCCUCCCUGUAGGGAACAGCAAAGGGAGAAGUUCUGAGGGGUUUUCUGAGAGCAGUUAUAGUACCUCAGAACCCAGCGGUUCCUGGGGUGAUUUUGAAGGCUUCGAGGAGUCCGUGGGUGAGUCAGAGAGAUUCAGUCAUAAUCUUGAAAUUUUGGUGAAGUCAACAAAAACUUCUGGAGUUGAUAGAGACUUAAGCAGCGGACACUGUAGCGCUAAUACUGAUCACGUUUGUUCUGAGCCAUCUCUACACAGUGUGAUACAGGAGGCUUCAAGCUCUCCAAAUGAGGCAAGCCAGAGCUGUGAGGAUGUAUUUAAGUUGAGCUUUCCAGAAGUCUUUGUAUCACAGUCCAGAGAGAGCGUAAGAAGCUUAGAUCAAGUACUUGAUACAAAUAAUGAAGAUGUUGGGAUUCCUGAACUUACGGAGAAUCAACUUUGCACUGAUUCUGGAAACAUAUGGAGAACACUUAGAGACUUUUAUAAUGCUCCCAGUUUAAGACAUCCCUGGAGUAAAUCUCAUUGCCAAGAAAACCUCUUGAGUGUUCUUGGAAUAGAUGCAAAUCAAAAGGACUUUUUGGAGAAACAGGGUGACAUUUUUGAGGAAUCAAAUGUUAAAGAUAUUGAGGACUUCAGAUUUGAUGGAUUCAGUAUUAAUGACUGCAAAGCACUGAUCCAGACCAAGCUGUCUGUAUCACCAGAUUCCAGACAUGGUCAUCUUUUUACCUGUGACCUCUUCUUGAAAACCACAUCAUCAAAUGGGAACAUGCAGUAUAUCACAACCCCAAGGAAGAAGCACAUUUUUGCUGCAUGCAACCUAAAAAUGAAAUUUUUCCAGUAGUGAUGUUUGUUGAACCAAAUGCACUUUUUAAUUAUUUUGUUUUCUUUUUGAACUGAAUGCAGUUUACCUUCAUUUUGUUACUAGCUUGGUACUGUAGACUACACGUGUUCUUUAGGAAAGUGACAUAUUACUGUAUAUGAGGUUCCUAAAGCCAUGUUACUAGAAGAUAUUUAGCUGUGAAGUCAAAGGUGUAAUUUUGCCCUACUAAGUUUUGCUGCAGUCAUGUCUCUUGCAGUAAAUCCCACUGCAGUCAUGCUUUAAGGGUACUGCAGUGGACCUGAACUACUGACCUUUCGGGCCUUAAUGCCUCUGAUCAAAAACCUCCUUUCCCUGCCAAAAUCUAAACGCAGCUCAGGUGCGUUGUCAGGUGUGCCUUGUCACCAUCACUCCUUCUAUUUGGUCCCAUUUGGAUCAGCUGAGAUCUGUUACUUCACCACUGCUGAAUGUAACAAGAGGAGCUGUCUACAUAUGGUGGCUUUCAUUGAGCCUUAGUCGAACAAAACUGUUUUAACUUCUGAUAAAGCCUGCUGUGGUGAUUUGGGUAGAGUCAGUGAAACGUUUUGCUCUGGCAUAGGUUUCUAACUGAAAUAAAUCGCCUCUCUGAAGCUGACAUUAACAGUACUUCUUGGAUUCAUUCAGCUACCAAACACCUCCACCCCGCACAGCCACACUUGUUAAAGCCUAGCAGGGGUGUAGCUCAGGACUUGCACCGCACAAGGCUGCAAAUUGCUGCCCUUUUAAAAUUUUAUAGUAACUAUCAACUGUGUCGCCCAUCUUUCUGCGUGCUUGAGUGCCAGAGGGGAUGCACGUCACUGUCAUCCAUGUAAUCCAUGGUACUUCCUUGCCAACUGCAGCAUCUUUAUUUAUUCACUGGUAAUAACUUUUACGCAGGUUACUAACCUAUUUACUCCUUUGGCCAUUCUGAAUGUGAGAAUUUUGUAUGGCUUUUAAAGAGUUCCUGAGCACUGCAAAUGAUAUUUUAUGUGUUAAAAGCAGGGAAUAAACCUGAAUAUUCCAAAA